CAAGGAUCAAAUCCAAGACCAAGCAGACACAGGAGUAUUUUGGAGCAGUGAAUGUUUCUGGAUAUGCAGAUCAAUAUGCAGCAUCCAUCCUUGAAACUCUGAUGUGUGGCCAUUCUGUGAAACUCGGACCUGAACUAUUUGGUGCUGUCAAACCUGUGCCUGUGUUCAUUUCUGGCAUUAUUUUGGUUGAGCUGCCUCAGCUUUAUCUGUCAGCCUUUCCCGGCGUCAGUGAGAAAAGCCCACGGAACCUGCAGGAACUGGAUGUGCCGUGCCUGUUUUCAGGGAAGAUGAAGGGAAGAAAGAAGAGACAUUCCUUACCUUCUCCCUUUAUGUUGCUGUUCUUCUGUAUCGCCGGGCACACAACUGCUGAGCUGGAUGACAGCGAAGAAGAGCAUGUUGUGGGUGCUGCUUGGCCACCACUGAAGCUUGUGCAUUCAUUCUGUGCCAUGAAAGCAGAUGAUGGUCCGUGCAAAGCCAUCCACAUCCGCUAUUUCUUCAAUAUUAAAAGCCGCAAGUGUGAAGUAUUUGAAUAUGGUGGAUGCCAUGGCAAUGAGAACAACUUCCUAACGCUGGAGGAAUGCCAGGAGAAGUGUGUGGCAAAAGAAUUGCCUCAGAAGAUGGCGUUAGCGAAAAUUAAGAAAGGUUUGUUUCUAGGAAAGCCCGACUUCUGCUUCCACGCCCAAGAGCCGGGGGUCUGCCGAGGGUAUUUCACCAGGUACUUCUACAACAAAGAGACAAAACUCUGUGAAGCCUUCAAGUAUGGUGGGUGUCUAGGAAACCAGAACAACUUCAGGAGUUUGGAGGAGUGCCAGACUACCUGCCAAGACAACUCAAACUUAUUGCCAACUGUUGCAGCUGAAGAGCAUCCCAGCAGUGUGAACAGUAGUUUCUCAGCAGAACAGCAUCCCAACAGUGUGAACAGCAGCUCCCCAACAGAAGAACCCAGCCAGUCUCCUGGGAUUUUUGUUAAUUUGUUGCCAGCUGCUCCAAAUGAGAAGUCCACCACGCUGAACAGUAGUUCCUCAAAGGAGGAGCCCAACCAGUUCCCCAUUUUUUUUGAACCACCUGCUAUCCCUUCUUUGUGCAUGACCCCUAUGGACAGAGGGCUUUGCAGAGCCAAAGAGUUAAGAUUUUUCUACAACCACUCGACUGGAAGGUGUCGCCCAUUCAGCUACAGCGGUUGUGGUGGGAACGAGAAUAAUUUCAUCUCCAGAAAGUCGUGUUUGAGGAUCUGCAAGAAAGGAAUGAAUAAAAAAAAAGGUGAAAGAAGAUUAAUAAAAAUCAAGAAAAAAAGAAAGAAACAGCCAGUAAAGGCUCUGGGCAUGGAAAUCAUCCCUGAGAGAAUGCAACUUUGAUUUUUAUGGAAAUGUGAAGUAAACUGCUCUUCACCUGUGAAUGAAAACCUUCAGUGUACACCAUAAAAAUAUAUUUACUGUACUGAUUAUUUUGAUUAUAUAUUACUAAGCUGCAUAUAUUUUUAUUAUGUAUUCCUCAAUCAUGUUAAUAAACAUUACCUUUUACUUUGCUAAAGGCUUUUCAAUUGCAGUUUGGUUGUAUAUAAUUGCCAGAGCUGCAGCAGGACAACAGACAAUGUGAGUGAAUGGUUAAACC